AUGGCGUACGGCAAGAAGAAGGUCGCCUUCGAGCGCAAGAAGCGCACCCCGCGUUCUGAUUCUCCCAAAAUUCCUCCGGAGCCCUCUUUGCCUACACGCUCCUGGAACAGCGCCUCCUCUUCUCUCACCUUGGCAGAUAUACGAUCCCUUGCAAAGCCCGGUGACAGGCUGAAGAGCUCUGCAUCUCGCCCAAUGCCUGCUACGAAACCGGUACAGAUCUCUUCAUCCAGGGGAGAAAGCUUCUCUGCCGAAGAGCUGCACGACGUCGCGAAGUCUACGGACCUGGACUCCAUGUGGCACACACGAGCUGCCGCACAAUUCACCCGGCAGUCUCUCGCGCGAAUUCCCGAAUCGCCCUCCUCGACAAGCUCACACUCGGACGACAGCCUUGGUGGAGUAGGCGUAGGCUCUGUCCCCGCCUCUCUCAUGGGCGAAGACUCCUUCUUCGUCCCAGAAAAAGAGUCCUUCGAUCAACGCACUCUACGUCGAUCCCGCCAACCGCCCUCCGCAGACGUCGGUUCCCUGCACAGCACCUCCGUCCCGAUACCCAUAGACCCGCUCUCCAGCGCCCCAAGCUACACCGCUCCGUUCACACACACUUCCCGCCGGCCUGGUCCCCCAGCUGCCGCCCUCCCAACCGUAAUGGAAAGCUACUCAAGCAUCAACAUCGAGUCCUCCUUCCUCAACCGCCAACCCUCCCUCGCCGCCCAAGCUGCCCGCCAGGCCCGCGAUGCAAAGGUCUCUUCUGCACUAGGACGCCACAACAGCACUACCAAGCCCAUGCCUCGCACCAGCGCGCUGCGCCGUGAGUAUCGUCCUGGCCCGCAACUUCCACCGAUCCAGCAUGAGCCUCCAAAUCCGAAGGAGCAUGGCACUAUGGUCUACCGCGGGUUCCCGGGGGUCAAGCCCAAGGAAGAGCCGGUGCUAUGUCUGGGGAAGGACGAGGUGAAGGAGUGGGAGAAGUAUAGGGGGUACUUAGAUGAGCUAAAGGAGAGGCAUCAUGUGGAUGUUGGAUGGAAGGGAAAAGGGAAGUGGUGGGGAGGUGCCUGA